CUGUCCCCGACCGGUUUCAGGGCGCAGCUGCCAUGCGUUCCGCGGGCCGCGGGCGGCCCCGGCUACGGCUCGGGGAACGCGGCCUUUUGGAGCCACCCUCACCGCCCAAGCGCCGCCUGCUACCUCGGGCGCAGCUCUUGCCCCUGCUCCUGGCGCUGGCGGUGGCCUCGGUGUUCUACACCGUUUGGAGCGGCUGGCACCGCCCGACUGAGGAGCUGCCGCUGGGCCGGGAGCUGCGGGGCCCGUUGAUCGGAAGUCUCCCCGAAGCCGGAGUGCGGAGGGUGGUGGGGCAACUGGACCCGCACCGUCUCUGGAACACUUAUCUGCGCCCUCUGCUGGUUGUGCGGACCCCCGGCAGCCCGGGCAAUCUCCAAGUCAGAAAGUUCCUGGAGGCCACGCUGCGGACCCUGACAGCAGGCUGGCAUGUAGAACUGGACCCGUUCACAGCAUCAACACCCCUGGGGCCACUGGACUUUGGCAACGUGGUGGCCACGCUGGACCCAAGGGCUGCCCGUCACCUCACCCUUGCCUGCCAUUACGACUCCAAGCUCUUCCCAUCUGGGUCAACCCCCUUUGUGGGGGCCACGGAUUCGGCUGUGCCUUGUGCCCUGCUACUGGAGCUGGCCCAGGCCCUGGACCUGGAGCUGGGCAGAGCCAAGGAGCAGGCCGCCCCAGUGACUUUGCAGCUGCUCUUCUUGGACGGUGAAGAGGCACUAAAGGAGUGGGGACCCAGGGACUCGCUUUAUGGCUCCCGGCACCUGGCCCAGCUCAUGGAGUCUGCACCCCACGGCCCCGGCUCCACCAGGAUCCAGGCUAUUGAACUCUUUAUGCUUCUUGACCUCCUGGGAGCCCCCAACCCGACCUUCUACAGUCACUUCCCUCGCACGGCCCGCUGGUUCCAUCGGCUCAGGAGCAUAGAGAAGCGCCUGCACCGUCUGAACCUACUGCAGUUUCAUCCUUGGGAAGUGAUGUACUUCCAGCCCGGGGAGCCCCCUGGCUCUGUGGAAGACGACCACAUCCCCUUCCUCCGCCGAGGGGUCCCAGUGCUCCACCUCAUCUCUACACCCUUCCCCUCUGUCUGGCACACGUCGGAUGACACUGAGGCUAACCUGCACCCACCCACGGUACACAACCUGAGCCGCAUCCUGGCCGUGUUCCUGGCUGAAUACCUGGGGCUCUAGCCUGCACGGUGGACUCUGAGGGAGAAGUGCCCAGCAAGGGACAUGCCAAGGGCACUUGGAACCAGGGCGCUCAGGCCAGGCCUGCCUGCGGUGUGCUGGCCCAUCCUUUUUUAACACCUUUGGCUCUGCUUGUGCUCUGACUGGAAGAACAUCUUUCUUUAUCUCAAGCUGCCACUCUUCAAAGAUGGAAGAGACAGACCACCUUGGGGUGAAAGCCAAAGGAAUAAGAGCUUGGCCCCUGCCCUGAGGGAAACACUUGGGCUGCAGGUCUUCAGGGGCCAAAUGCCGUUCUCCAUUUUAAUCAGCAAACCAUGGACUGGCAUCUGGACCAGCAGUACCCCCGACCAGAUGAAUUCUCUGUGGCUUUUGUUUUUGUGGCAGUUCGUUCUCCAGAAUGGCAGCCUUGCUACUACACCAGUCCAAACCCAACUCCCACAUUGAUGUGCUACGUGGGGCCCACAGAGGAUGUGCUCAUAAGCAGGAAACAGGAGAAGGAAGCCAAUACUCGGGAACUCUAGAUUUUGCCAGAUCCAACAGGCAAUAAAUCAGUUUCUGCAAAA